AUGAGCGCAAUCGAGGCGCUGUACAUCUUCGACGAGCACAACUCCCUGCUCUUCAACCACGUCUAUACCGGAAGACCGCCGCCUCCCUCCACCCUGCUCCCACUGUACCUCCAGCAUGCUGCGCCGCGACCUAGCGUACAAUAUGUCACUUCCACGAGUCCGCCCACGAUACUAUUCUCCGUGAUUCAGGACAACCUACUAUUCCUGUCACCGUCAUCGAGCGACAUAGAGCCAUUGUUGGUGUUGGAGUUCCUACACAGAGUUGCAGAUGCUUUAGAAGAGUUCCUGAGCAGCCCUCUGCUCGCGACCAAGAUCUCUGCCAACUAUGAUAUCGUAGCACAGAUUGCGGCCGAGAUGGCCGACUCGGGUGUGGUCUGUCAAGGAGAAGCCAACGCCUUAAGAGACGUCGUUGAGACAGGUCCAGGAGUUUUAAACAAUCUGCUAGGCAAAAUCGGUGUACCCGGAUCAAGUCCUGCUCUGCAAGCAGGUGGUCCUGCAGGUCUACCAAGACCGAACCUCACACCUUCACAAACUAGCGUGGGCUCAGCAAUACCAUGGCGAAGGACCAAUGUGCGGCAUACCAGUAAUGAGCUAUACGUGGAUAUCGUGGAGUCACUGGCUGUGACACUUGCGCCUUCCGGACGGCCUCUGUCUGCAUUCGCUCACGGAAGCGUGGCGUUCACAUCCAAAGUCAGUGGAGUUCCUGAUCUGCUACUUAGCCUGUCAACAGGCGGCAAGGGCGCAGGCAUGGGCAAUCGAGGCGACCAGCUACGGAACGUCAUGGAGCGUAUCGUCUUCCAUCCUUGUGUGCGGCUCAGUACCUGGAAGAAAGAUGGCGUGCUGUCAUUCGUGCCUCCGGAUGGCAGAUUCGCUCUUUGCGGUUAUGAAGCAGAUCUGCUCGGGCCUGACAUGGACUUCACAACCUCAAAUUCAUCUUCCAGCAAUCUCAACCUACCGGUAAACAUUGAGAUCAUCACAGGUCUAGGCCCUUCAGGAACAGAAUUUGAAGUCCGCGCGAGACCCGAUCCCAACAACCGCUCUGCAGCCGCAGCAUCUCUACAAUCAAACCUCAGCACCGGCAUGGGCACUGGUCGCCCGGGAUCAUUCAAGCCCGCUCCCUCCGGCGACUCCAAAGCGCCUGCCCUAGAAGACCUCACGAUCCACAUCCCCAUCCCGUCAACCGUUAGGAACGUUAGCGAGAUGCGACCGACUCGAGGUGAAGCAAACUGGAAUCCAGCAGAGGGCAGCAUAGAAUGGAGAAUCCCGCCUCGAGACUUCGGUCCAGGCGGCGCAGUACUGCGAUGUACUGUCCAAGGACCACUGGCGGACGAAGACGCUGAUCUCAGUCGAGGUGUUGUGAAUGGUAUGACGAGCACGACUUACGGUUAUGAUGAGGAUACACCAACAGCGUAUCAGAAUGCGAAAGAGGGCGUGCCGAAUGGAUCGAGCACGGAUGUGUCUGCGACGCGCAGCAGGGAGCUGAUGCCGACUUGCGUGACGCUGAGCUUUAGUGUCAAGGGGUGGUUGGCCAGCGGACUGAAGGUGGAGAGCUUGCUGCUUGAUAUGAAGAAGAGUCGUGGGCUGGGGCCGGAGGUGAAGCCGUAUAAGGGUGUCAAGUACCUUACAGUCAGUCGGCAGGGAGUUGAGCUUAGAUGCUAG